UAUAAAAAGCUCAUUGAGAGCACAAAAAUAGACGCAAUGUGGGAUUUAAUACGGUGGAAGGUGCGGCACCUGAAGGCUUCAUACAAAAAAGCAAGCGAUUGGCGAAUGUCAACAGGAGCAGGCCUUCUUGAGUCUGAUGCCGGGAUGUCGAGUGUUGAAGGGAAAGUGUUGCAGAUGUGCCCACACUUUAAUCAGCUUAAAUAUAUUUUUGGGAAAAAAGCCACAAGUGAAUUACCUUUUGAAGUGGUUGAUAGUGGCAGUACGUCCGUAAUGAAUGAAAGCGCGGCCAGCCAAAUACUGGAAAUAACUUUUUCUGAUGUCGGCGAAAAUUGCGUCUCCAAUUAACAUUGCCAAUAUUAAAAAUCUACAACCAGGCAAUGUAAGUGAAGUGAUUGUUCCUGAAAAAGCAAAGGA